AUGGCGGAACAAGUGGAAAAAUAUUUGCUCACACAUGAAGAAGCAAAAGUCCGCAGUCGAGCCAUUGAAGAUGUUUCUUAUGAACUCAGACUCGGCCUUUCCAAAGGUGAAGAAUACUCUGGCUGGGUAAAAGUCUCAUUCACAUAUAAAGACCCUUCAGCAGAAAUUUGGGUUGACUUCAAAGGAAAGCUUGUCCAAACUGUGACAGUGAAUGGAACAAAUAUUGAAAUCAGAUAUAAAGACAACAAAAUUUGGUUCUCAGGCUUGGCUGAAGGGAGAAAUGAAGUGGUCAUUGAAUAUGAAAACAAGUAUUCUCAUGAUGGAUAUGGGCUGCAUUACUUUAAAGACCCUGAAGAUGGAGAAAUCUACCUUUAUACUCAGCAUGAGCCAUUUGCCUGCAAUAGAUAUUUCCCUUGCUUUGAUCAGCCAGAUCUUAAAGCCACACUAGAACUUACAAUUGCAGCUCCAAGCGAAUGGCUAGUCAUCUCCAACACCAAUGCUUCUCAAAAAAUAGCAAUCCCUCUAAUUCCUGGCACCACAGAAAAGCAAAUCCUUCACAUCUUCCCAAAAACUCCUAAAAUCAGCACCUAUCUUUACGCCCUAUGUGCAGGCAGCUACGUAGAGCAUAGAUGUGACGACAAUCCAACCGGAAUAAAACUAGGCCUUUACUGCAGAAAGUCAUUAAACAAAUAUCUAAUACCAGAGCGAUACUUCGGCUGGACCAUCAAAGGUCUUCAAUUUUACAACGAAUUUUUCGCUUAUCCUUACCCAUUCGGCAAAUACGACCAAGUCUUUGUCCCUGAGUUCAAUAUGGGCGCUAUGGAAAACGUCGGAUGUGUGACCUACAGAGACCAAUACGUCUUAAAAGACACUCCAUCAAAUAUCCAAUUAACCAGAGUCUGUGACACUUUUCUCCAUGAAAUGGCCCACAUGUGGUUUGGCGACCUCGUCACUAUGAAAUGGUGGGAAGAUCUGUGGCUAAAUGAAUCUUUUGCUAGCAUUAUGUCUGUCUUUGCUAUGGAAGGCAAGCUGUAUGACGUCUAUCCAACAAUAUGGCUUGAUUUCUUAGGCGGAAAAGGCUGGGGUUAUGCGACUGACCAGCUUAGCACGACCCAUCCAAUUUGUACACCAGUAAAUGAUACUGAUGAAUGUGAGACCAAUUUUGAUGGAAUUUCUUAUGCUAAAGGGUCAGCUGUGUUAAAGCAACUUUAUUUCUUAGUAGGAAGAGAUGCCUUUAUGAAAAGCUUACAGAAUUAUAUGCAGAAGUAUCAAUACUCAAAUGCGGAGUUUAAUAAUUUGAUUGAUUUAAUUGCUGAACAAGCUAAAGCUGCAGGGAACCCUAUUGAUAUUCACCAGUGGGCUGAUAGGUGGGUUAGAACUGCUGGGCUUAAUGAGCUUGCUGCUCUAAUAGAAAAAGAUGAACAAGGAGUUAUUACAAAAUUCACUGUAAAGCAAACUCCUGCUUUGGAGGCUCAUCCUACAUUGAGAGACCAUAAAAUAAUUAUAGAAGUAUUUGAUGAAGAUUUAAAUCAAGUAAAGCAAGCUGAAGUCUUGAUUUUGCCUCAGCCUGAAGCUUACUAGAUUAUUAUUUGGUGUUCAAGGAGUCAAGUGUGCAUCUCUACUAAAGGGAUUAAGCCCAACUAGAGACGUCACUGGCUGUCCUAUCACUAAAAUGGCGUGCCAUAUGGGCAAGGAUUCCCUUCCCAGCUAAAGCUGCACUUCUCAUGUGCCACGUUGCCGUCGCUUUUUUAUGACUCAGCUCCUGCAUGUGUUCCGACUAAGAAUCAUCCUUCUCGAAUAUUGAAUAGAUAAAUACCCAAGCCUCUUGAAUGGACUGAGGAGCAGUUCCUCUGGCUAUCCCUAGUUAAACCGCUGUUACCGUGCAGAGAUUCUCAAAUGUAAAACCAAACUUCAUAAAUAAAUUUCUAUGAAAGAAAAUUAGCAGAGAUAAUUUCUCUUAAACCGAUGCCAUUAAAUUUAUCACCUCAGUCUGAGACAGUUCUUGAAGAAUUCCAUGGCCUCAAGGCAUCCUGUGCGAUUCUUAAUGUUGGGGAUUGGGGAUAUUGCAAGGUAAGAAUUGAUGAUGGGUCUUUCAAUAUCCUAUCCAAUAUAAAUAUAAGUCAUUAUUUUUAAUUCCUGCAUAUGCAUUAAUUUUAGCUUUUUAAAUCAGCUAUAGCAUAUAUUGAAGCACCAUUUAAAUAAAAUCCCAGAACCUUUAACCCGCCAACUUGUCUACAGAGCUCUAUGGGAUAUGGUCCGUGACAUCAAGACCUCAGCAGUCGAAUUCAUUGAAUUCGUAGUUCAUCAAAUCCCUGGAGAAAAUAACUUUGGCAUUGCAAACUACGCACUUGAGAUAUCUUCUGCCGCUUUUCAUAGCUACAUUCCUAAUAGCCAAGCAAAAGAAGACUUAGCCCAUGAGUUAUUAGAAGUAAUUCUCGACAAAAUAAAAAAUGCAGCAAACCCUCAAGAUGCCAUUGUUUUCCAGAAAAAAGCUAUUCACGCUAUUUACAACAGAAGCGACAUUGAUAGAGCUAUAGAAUGGGUCAGAAAUGACAGCACUAAUAUUGAAGGAUGGAAACUAGGACAGCUUGACAGAUGGAGUAUCAUUAAAAAAUAUGCUGAAAUCACACCUGAAGCUAGUUCGCUUGUAGAAGAAGAACUUAAAAGAGACCAAUCUGAUACUGGCCACCUUUCUAAAAUUUAUUGUGAAGCUGCCUAUCCUGUUUUGCAAGCAAAAAGAGAAAGAUGGGAGAAUUAUUUGACAGAAGGCGAAAAGAUGUCAAGAUAUGAAAGAGAAGAGUCAAUGAGCGGAUUUAAUAGAGAAAAACAAGCUGAUAUAUUGAGCUGGUGCUGUGAUGAGUAUUUCGCAAAGGUUGGAGAAGUCAUUAAUACCAAAGAUAAGGAAUAUUCAAAAGAUUUUUGCUUCUUUUUGGUUCCUGGAUAUGUGGAAGAAGGAGUUGUCAUUGAAAAAUUAGAAAAAUUGCUGCCAACUUUGCCACAGGAUAGGUUUGAUAUCUCAAGAGGACUGAGAGAGACUAUAGAUGACUUGAAAAGAUUCAAGAAAGGGAAAGAGCUCUCAGCUGCUUAUUUGGCAGGAAAAUAA